AUGUCGUACCAGAGUAAUGCUGCAGGCUCAUCUAGCAACAAUGGUAAUUAUGGUGUUGGGCUUGUUGAGUCUAGUCUCUAUUUCCAACAGAACCAUCAACAACAACACCAAUUAGAACAGCGUUUAGGACAUGUUGAUCCCAAUCUUUUUCUUUAUAAUUCAGAAGUUUCAGAUUCUCCUACCUUUGCUCUUCAACUUGAGAAGGACCGGGAAGAAUUUAACCAGUACAUCAAGUUUCAGGAUGAGAGAUUGAGAUUGAUGCUGCAAGAGCAUAAAUCUCGUUCACUUAACAUCCUGAGGGAUAAAGAUGAAGAAAUUGCAAAAGCUAUACAGAAAUGGGCAGAAUUGCAGGUUUAUCUAGCAAGAUUAGAGUCAGAAAAUCAAACUUUGAAGAUGGUUGCUCAAGAAAAGAAAGAGACGGUAUCAUUUCUGUAUAAAACUUUGGAGGAGAUCAAAGCUUCCAGUAAAGUGGUGGCGAAUGAUGCAGAGUCCGUCUGUGAUGAAGGGAGAGAAAAGAAAAGAUUAGAAGAUGAAGAAAAAGGAGGAAAACAGGUAGAGAGUGGUGGGGUAACCAACUUUGAACCUGAG